AAACAACACACUUUUUUUCUCUCUCUCUCUCUUGCAGAAUUUCUCUAGAACAUCCUAAUCAACCGAAAAAUACUUAUAAUUAUACCAGCACCAAAAAAAAAAACUAAACUUUGAACAAAUAUUUUCUCUAAACAUAAAAAUUGUUUGUCACUUUGAAUUCAUUUCUGCUCUGUAAAAUCUCUGAGCUAUGGCGACCUCUGUGUUUCUACGAUCAUCUCUCAAUAGACGAAUGUUGGCUGGCAAUCUGAACUCGUCAUGGCUUCCCCCAGCUUUGGUUGGUAGAUGGAUGAGUUUGACGAGGCAAUUCAGCUCAAAACCCACGGGUAAUGAAAUUAUAGGCAUUGAUCUGGGUACUACUAACUCAUGUGUGGCAGUCAUGGAGGGAAAGAGUGCAAAAGUGAUAGAGAAUGCCGAAGGAGGUCGGACAACACCUUCAGUUGUUUCCUUCAAUCCUAAGGGGGAUUUACUGGUGGGAACACCUGCAAAAAGACAAGCUGUUACAAAUCCACAGAAUACCUUUUUCGGAACUAAACGUUUAAUAGGAAGGCGUUUUGAUGACCCUCAAACACAGAAAGAGAGUAAAAUGGUUCCUUUUAAGAUAGUUAGAGCUCCAAAUGGAGAUGCCUGGAUUGAAACUACUAGUGGACAGCAGUAUUCUCCUAGCCAGAUUGGAGCAUUUGUUCUGACUAAGAUGAAGGAAACUGCAGAGGCUUAUAUAGGGAAGAGCAUCUCCAAAGCUGUAAUUACAGUUCCUGCCUAUUUUAAUGAUGCUCAGAGACAAGCAACAAAAGAUGCUGGAAAGAUUGCAGGUCUAGAUGUGCAACGAAUCAUAAAUGAACCAACAGCUGCCGCACUUGCAUAUGGGUUGAAUAACAAGGAAGGUGUUAUAGCGGUUUUCGAUCUUGGAGGUGGAACUUUUGAUAUUUCUAUUCUAGAGAUAUCAAAUGGUGUGUUUGAGGUAAAAGCAACCAAUGGUGAUACUUUUCUGGGAGGUGAAGACUUUGAUAAUGCUUUAGUUGAAUUCUUGGUGAGUGAGUUCAAGAAAACUGAUGGCAUUGAUCUAUCACAAGACAAGUUAGCUUUACAAAGGCUUCGGGAAGCUGCUGAGAAGGCGAAAAUAGAAUUAUCAUCUACCACCCAAACAGAGAUAAGCUUGCCUUUUGUUAGUGCUGAUGCGUCUGGUGCCAAGCAUUUUAAUAUGACAUUAACAAGAUCAAGGUUUGAGAGUUUAGUGGAACAUUUAAUAGUUAGGACCAGAGACCCAUGCAAGAGUUGUUUAAAGGAUGCUGGAAUAUCCACCAAAGAUGUGGAUGAAGUCCUUUUAGUUGGAGGAAUGACUCGUGUACCUAAGGUGCAAGAACUUGUUAGUGAAAUUUUUGGAAAGACCCCGAGUAAGGGUGUCAAUCCUGAUGAAGCGGUAGCAAUGGGUGCAGCUAUUCAAGGUGGUAUCCUUCGUGGGGAUGUCAAAGAGUUACUCCUUCUGGAUGUAACUCCACUUUCACUCGGUAUUGAAACCCUUGGUGGUGUUUUCACAAGGUUGAUCAACAGAAACACUACCGUCCCAACAAAGAAGUCUCAGAUAUUCUCAACAGCAUCAGAUAAUCAAACUCAGGUAGGAGUCAAAGUUUUCCAGGGUGAGCGUGAAAUGGCAACGGACAACAAGCUCUUAGGCGAGUUUGAACUUCAGGGAAUUCCUCCCGCACCUAGGGGGGUCCCUCAAAUUGAAGUGACAUUUGAUAUUGAUGCGAAUGGCAUCGUCACUGUCUCUGCUAAAGACAAGACAACAGGCAAAGAACAGCAAAUCACCAUCCGAUCAUCUGGAGGAUUGUCAGAGGCUGAGAUUCAGAAAAUGGUUCACGAAGCAGAGUUGCACUCUCAGAAGGAUCAGCAGAGGAAAGCUCUGAUUGAGGUCAGAAAUAACGCAGAUUCUACAAUUUACAGUAUUGAGAAGAGUUUGUCAGAAUACAAGGAUAAGGUCCCCGCUGAUGUAGUGAAGGAGAUAGAAACUGCUGUAGCUGAUCUUAGGGAAGCUGUGCAGAAGGAUGAUGCCGAUAUAAUUAAAACCAAGCUUGACACGGCCAAUGCAGCAGUUUCAAAGAUUGGACAACAUAUGGCUGGUGGCAGUGGUGGUGAUGGUGGUGCUGGGGGUAGUUCUUCUGGCGGGUCUCCAGGCGGUGGCGAUCAAACACCUGAAGCCGAAUAUGAGGAGGUAAAGAAGUGAACUUUCGGUCGUUCUGGUAGGAGACUUGAAUCCUUGUUCACACUUCACACCUCAGUUCUGUGAUUUUGGUUCCUAGAUCCUCUGUAAUUAUUAUUUUGAGUAGAAUUUUAAUAGGAACUCUGGAAACAAGAUUUGCGAAGCAAUCUCUCAUAGAUUCUAGUGCUAAAAAUAAACCAGUUCAUGUAAUUUCAGGUUCGGGUCAAGUAAUGGUUCACAUCAA